UGGUGCGGGGGUGCGUGGUGUGCCGUGCGUGCGGGCGUCGCGAGCGUGUCCGGGCGCGUUGGAGAUCCCGUCGGGACGUCGGGGCCGGGUACGGUGCUAAAAGAGGGAAAAAAGAAGGAGCCUCCUCCUCCUCCGUCAAUUGAGUGAGGGAGAGAGAGAGCGAGAGAGAGAGAGAGAGAGAGAGAACGGGUUGCGCGAGGAGGCCUCGAGGGAGUGCCAUGCGUCGCGAUUCUCGUCCGUUCGGUAUCACCGCGCGGCGAGGCGCGCUCUGACACGGCGGCUCGACUCGGUCCGACUCGACUCCGCGCUCGCUUCGUGCCCGCGUCGUUCAUGCGCGUCGCUCGUGCUUAGUCCACGUCCACGUCGUCAUCGUUAUCUUCGUCGCCGCCGUCACCGCCGCCGCCACCGCCGCUGUCGCUGUCGCCGUCGCCGUCGCCGUCGCCGUCGCGGAGCUAAGCAGCAAUCCGUGCGACGGGCCUCUUGGUCUCUUGGAAUGCUCUCGGGCUCUACUUGACACGCUACGUGGCCGUUUAGUCCAAGGGUGUAAUGAGUGACAAGCGCGGUUGAAAGGAACACACCCCUCCCUCCCCGAGGUAGCAAUGUUCUCGUCUUCAUAGGAGAGGCGCUCGGCAACUGGAUAUUAGGGAUCAUCAGAGGUGACUGCUGCAUGUCUUCUGGCGCCUAUCCGCGUGCUCGUCCUCGUGGAUCUCUAUGUUUCGGAGAAAUACACGAAAGGAGACGCUGAAAGAAAGACUAAAAACAUGGGAUGCAACGUGGGCCGAUGCCUCGGUCCACGCAAUACGAGGUACCCUGGAUCAGGAUUCAUGGCAGCCAUUAGGAAGAAGUUGGUUAUUGUGGGAGAUGGUGCUUGUGGUAAAACAUGUCUACUCAUAGUGUUCAGCAAAGACCAGUUUCCUGAGGUGUACGUGCCCACGGUAUUCGAGAACUAUGUCGCCGAUAUCGAGGUGGAUGGCAAACAGGUGGAACUGGCUCUUUGGGACACAGCUGGACAAGAAGACUACGAUAGGUUGCGUCCAUUGUCGUAUCCGGACACAGACGUUAUCCUAAUGUGCUUCUCCAUCGAUAGUCCCGAUUCCUUGGAGAACAUUCCCGAGAAGUGGACACCGGAGGUGAAGCACUUCUGCCCGAACGUGCCCAUUAUCCUUGUGGGAAACAAAAAAGACUUACGCAAUGAUCCCAACACCAUCAAGGAGCUCAGCAAGAUGAAGCAGGAGCCGGUCAAGCCCGAGGAGGGUAGAGCUAUGGCCGAGAAAAUCAAUGCUUUCGCCUACCUUGAGUGUUCCGCCAAGAGUAAGGAAGGUGUCAGGGAAGUUUUCGAAACGGCAACUCGAGCUGCAUUACAAGUAAAGAAGAAGAAGAGGGGAAAGUGUAGGCUUCUUUAAGAUGUUAUGACAAGUGAGCCCGCGUAACACGGGCAAAAUUAUGGAAUUGCGGAACUAGCUGCAAAGAAGCUAGUCGUAAUGCUGUAGAUCCCCAGCGGAAUGUAACACCUUACCUUUAAUUAUUUUACAUAAUAAAACAAAUCUACAGCAAAAAAUUAGUAAAAAAAAAACAGAAGGUGCAACCGCGUCUACAUAUAUACCUAAUGUUGUAAACCGUUGUCAAUGAAACGUCAGAAGGACUUAAAAAACACUAAACAAUUUCGAUAUAAUAAUAAGUAUACUUAUUAUUAUUAUAAUUGAUUGUGUAUUUUUUAACAGUAAUGAAUUGUGCUUCAGAUUGAAAUGAUUAAAACAAAAAAACCGAUUAUCAUACCAAUUACCUACGUCUCACACGGUACAUACACGGUACACGAUUAUCAUUGUAGUAAUUAUUACUAUUAUUGCUAUCUCAUUAUUAUUAAUAUUAUUAUAAUUAUUAUAUGCAUUCUACAUCUUUGUUCUUUUUAUCGUAGUGUCUCUUUAUUUUGGUAUAAUAAACAAAAUUGAGGAAAAAUUGAGUUGAAAAGAAUAUCAAUAAGAAACGUUAAAUGCACAAAACAAGUGUAACAAGUGCGAAGUGCAGUCAAAGAGUAAUAUAAGAAUUCAGAGGAACAGUUUGAGAGAACUUGGAAUCUUGCAUCUCGCUUUUUUUUUACUAAAAAUUAUCGCGACUUUUGAACGUAGAAAGGAAAAGUAACGGACAUUUAUGUUACAUUAUAAACGCGCAUAGGUAGGCCAGCAGAUUACUUGGAUCUUUAAGAUACCAAUUAGAUUAAAUGUGUGUAUUAUUAUUAUUAUUAUAUUUUAUUACCUUAUUAUAAUUAUUGUAUUACGAUGACACUAACAUAAACAAGGAGAUUAUAACAAGCGGCUACAAUUAUAUUUAUGUAUUUCGGGGAACGCGUUCUUUAUGUCUGACCAAGCCGUGACUGGACUUGCGGUUUGCGCUUUUUUAUAUACACAUACAUACGCCAUCGAUAUCUUUAGCGUAUGAUGUACUAAACUUGGAGAUUAUCGGCCGUACGUGUAUCUCGCGCACGGCGGCGCGUAUAUCUCGCUUUGAUUUUACCGUGUGUGCCACAAUUGUAGAGCCAAGCUGCUUCGCAAAAUUCACACCAAUGUUCGACCUAUUAUGUUUCGCCAUAAGCUCUUCCCGUUUUCGCUUGUGCUACUCUUUACGUGCCGUGGUGAAAAGAGAAAGGAUGAUGCUACUCGUCUUCUUUUAUAUAUAUAUCCGUCUUAAUCUGUAAGAAUUUUUUGUAAUGAAAUUGUGUCUCUUACCAAGGUGGUGUUGAAUUAACGGCCGCGUAACGCAAUGCCUCCCUCGGUCGUUAAUUCAACGGGCUCGACUGCGGAAUUGUGUUCACUAAGUUCUCUCCUCGUUUCUCGAACUCUUAGCGAGUAGUAAAUCUUGUUAUUACACGCAGUACGCUUUUACGGAACUUCUCAAAGCCGCCUGAAGGAAAAAGAAGCUUAGCAACACAACUUAAGAUACUUCUGCCACGAGCGAACGCGCGCACGACGGAUUCGUAGAAAGCAAAGGGAGAAGGAAGGAAAACGGCGAAAAAAGGGGGAGGUGGAGAGAGUGAGAGAUAGCGAUAAAAAGGGAGAUGUAUAUUAAGCAAUUAAGUGUGCCUGAGUUAAUGAGUGCUUUGGGAAACACGUGUCGAAUACACGCUCCGCUCCUCUGUGCAGGUCGCGCGUCGCUGCGAAGCUCGAAAGUGUUCUUUUUAUAAUGAGUUUCGUGGAUAUAUACCGUUAUACAUAUAAAUAUAUAUAUACAUACUUAUAUAAUAUUGUAUCAAUUUCGCACCCGAAAUAUUGUAUAUACAUGAUAUAAACUCUUUAUCAUAUUCUCGCGUAUUACGAUAAACGUACGCGCGUCGAUUGAGAUUCGAGUACCGUUUUUCCAGAGCAUACACACAUACACAUUUACACACAGUGUAGACUUUCGUCGCAUGGAAUAAGCAGACAGAGAUAGAUAGAGAGAAAGAGCGAUAACCAAAAAUUAACGAGAACGGGAUCGUCUUGGAAGACUUAAGCCUUCUGAUGUUAUCACGGAAUCAGAAUUGAUUAGUGCGCGUAGGAACGAGCCGUUCUUCUCGACGAGCUGACUCCAAAUACAGAGAGAAAAAUAGAAGAGUAUGCAUCUCGUAUGCCCGCACAAAUAUACACACACACGUACAUACAUACCACAGGCACACGGAUCAAGUACUUUUUCCUAAAGGGCUCCGUAAACCUCGAGUUAUCGACAAACGCGGUCUUAUAUAAUCGCCGUAAGCUAAUUAUCUUUUUCAUAAGUAGACGAGAUAUUUUGAGACUCGUGUUUAACUGGUUUGUAUGCGAAGAAAAAAAAUAUAAUCCGAGAAAAUGAGAAGUAUCGGCGGUUUUCCCCUGAUGUGGAUGUGUGUGUGCGUGUGUGUUGUGUGCGCGCGCGCGAACAAAUCGAUUUUUACAGAUCCGGAGACAAAAGCAGAAGAGAGAUCGCCGAUCUUGACCUCCGAAAUCUUUCUACCGGCUCACACAACCCUUUUCCGCAAAAAAAAACUACUAAUUAGCUUUUGUAUGUAAGACUGUAUGAUUAACCUACGAACGCUAUGAUAACAAAUUGUAACUAACAAUAAACAUUUCUUAUGACGAUA